AUGACUUCUUACGUUGGACGCCUCCUUCAAAGACUUCAAAGCAAGGAAUUCCGGGAUUAUCUUAUGAGUAUUGGAUUCGAUAAUGCAGUUGCAAACUGGGGUCUUCCUCUUGCUGCUAUUGCUGAUUCUAAAAAGGAUCCUGAAAUCAUAUCACCAAAAAUGACAGCCGCCAUGAUCAUAUACUCUGCUACCUUUAUGCGUUUUGCUGUUAUGGUAAAGCCUUCAAAUUCAUUGCUCUUUGCGUGUCACUUUACCAAUGAAAUUGCACAAUUAUUCCAAGGAUAUCGUUAUAUAGAAUUUUAUCAUUUCGGAGGACAAGAAAGAAAAUUAAAACAAUUAGAAGAAAGCAAAAAAGCAUCGUCAGUGCCUUCUCCUGUCAUCAUUUAA